AUGGGAAUAGUGUUCACGAGGCUGUUUUCGUCGCUGUUUGGGAGCAAGGAAGCUCGGAUCCUUGUAUUAGGGCUUGACAAUGCGGGAAAAACCACUAUUCUUUAUCGGCUUCAGAUGGGUGAAGUUGUUUCCACUAUUCCGACAAUUGGGUUCAAUGUGGAAACAGUGCAAUAUAAUAACAUUAAAUUCCAAGUCUGGGAUCUAGGUGGCCAGACUAGUAUCAGGCCAUAUUGGAGAUGCUACUUUCCCAAUACUCAAGCUAUAAUCUAUGUUGUUGAUUCAAGUGAUACAGAUAGAUUGGUGGUUGCUAAAGAGGAAUUUCAUGCUAUAUUAGAGGAGGAAGAAUUAAAAGGAGCUGUAGUCCUCAUAUUUGCAAACAAACAGGAUCUUCUCGGUGCACUCGAUGAUGCUGCAGUAACUGAGGCCUUAGAGUUGCACAAGAUUAGGAACCGGCAAUGGGCUAUUUUCAAAACUUCUGCCAUAAAAGGAGAAGGUCUCUUUGAGGGCUUGGAGUGGUUGAGCAAUACACUUAAAUCUGGAGGUGGCUAA